GACUUCGGUCCUCCAACCGUCCCACAGAGGACACCCACACACAAAGACCCAAAGCAACUGCACCCUAUGAAACUUUUAUGUCACUUCAUGUCUCUUUGUAAUCGUUUCAUAAUCCACCCACAGGUUUAAAAUCUUCUUUAUGAAAUCGUACAGCUGCAUUUUAUCAACGUACCAACAAAGUUAUAUCUGUAAUAAAUAGUUAGAUAUUCACACUAUAACAAAUCACAGCAGAAAUAGUAAAUAUGAGGAUGAUUAUUGAAACUGUAACAUGAAGCGGAUGCUCAGUCUUUGUUGCAGUUCUCUGUGUGACCAGCCGGUGGCGUGUUUUCACAGUUGGUGAACUACCUCUAUUUGGUGAAGGGCUAUGUUGUAAAAAUCUUUCAAACUGUAUAUUAUCGGUGGCUCCGAGCUUCUCCCGCAGGUCUACUCGCUGUGUUCGGGUCCCGUGUUACCGACGCCCCCUGAGGACUGCGGCCGGUCUGGGUUGGACCGUCUCGGACAGCUGCUCAGCGGUUUUCUGAUCUCUGACUGGAGGUUUUACUGCAAACCAAGUUAGCUCAACAGCUAAUCCUAAAAGUCACGUCACCUGUGUGGACUCGAAUUAAAAGUUUCACCGCAGAGGCGGGACAGCCGGGUGCGUUUUAACUAUAUGCAGUUACACUACUUUGUGUGGGCUGUUUUUGCGCGGGGUUCAUAUUUUAACUCGCUUUCACGCAGCCAUUAAAUUUGCGUGAGAAGCAGCAGCGAGUGAAGCGCAGCUGCGGAUCAUCGAUGUCGGUCGGACCCGCAGUCUUACGCGGAUAAGGUGGUUUUUUCCCGAGGGAAAUGCGGUAGAGAGCGGGCAGCUUCGGUGUCCAGCCCGCUGACUCGGCGACUCUGGGUCUGCUGCUCGUGAGGCCUGCGGGUCGGGCUUCCACCGGGCUUGAGUAGAGCCCGACGCCGCUCUCGAAGGGUCGAAGGCCGGCUGCUGGCUCUGCCGCCGCCGGGCCUGCGGAUCAAGGAAUGGAACGGAUGGAGGUGGACCAGUGCGCAGGCGCAGGAGGCGGGGCACUCCGCAGGUCGAACAGCGCCCCCAUGAUCACCAGUGUCAGCGACGGGAUGACCAUCUUCAGUCCUGUGUCCUCAGCUCGAUACAGACGCAGCAGCGUGUCCAUCAACCCAAGCUGUCCAUCACAGCUCAUCCCUCUCUCUCCUUUCUCUCUGACCGGAGACAGACUGGACCAGAAGAGACAGGAGGAGACCAUGGAGACGACGCUCAGAGGGAGUCUGCAGAGACUCAGUGCUUCCAGUCUGAUCCCAGUUCCUCCAGUCAGUCAGUGGCACGACCACACAUCAGUGUGGUUUCAGUCGCAGGACAGCGGCGUCACACCCAACUCCUCCCCGAGUCCGACGCGGAGGUUCAGACCAGCAGUCAGUGCCACUGUGAGGUGGCCUGCAUUGACCCCCCUGAAGAGGAAAGGUGGGGUGGAGUCCGACGGACCCCCAAAGAAACUCUUUGUUGCUGGGGUAACAGACCCCGCCCACCGCAGCAGCUACACAGUCAGUGUCUCUCAGUCAACAGCAGACUCUCCACCAGCAGGAGGCGUCAGUCCUCAGUCCAGCCCUCUGUCCCUCUCUCCUCCGCCCUCCUUCACCCCCUUCAGCUCCCACCAGCACCCUGGACAUUAAACCCCGCCUCACCCAAAGUCCGGACCCUGUCACUGUGGGUGCAGACGUCCCCAGCACAUGUCCAGAGACCUAAAAACCUGGACGAACAUUUACCCUCAUUGCACCUUAUUUCUGUUUGAACCAUCUGCAAGCGCCACUGUAAGCCCCGCCUCUUCCUGUGACACGUCUGAUGGACAGAGGAACCAGAGCAGGUCAGCCUGGUUUCCCGCCCUCCUCAGUGGGUUUGUUGUCAUGGAAGCUGUUUGUUUUGGAAACCUGGAUAUUUUUCAGCCUAGAAGCUUAAGUUUGAAGUUUAUCAUCAUCAACUCUUCCAAACUGAUCCCAGCUCAGUCCUCGUCAAAUCAGUCAGUCAUCCAUCAUCACCUUCGUCAUGAGAUCCUGAAACACGCUUGGGAAACACUGAGACACUGAGGACACACUGGCUGUGUCCUCAGGCUGAAGACGUCUGUGCAGUGGGACUGAGACGGACGGGAGCAGGACUCUGAGCAUCAGACGAGUCACAUGGUUUAUUCAGAUUCGUUACAAAGAUGAAUAAAACGUAGAUGUUUUGCACAUUGACUGAUGCAGCGCGCGAGGAUCGUCCCCGACGCUCAGCUCAGAGGACACAGGCUGGUUCUUGGCAGCAUUUCCCUGAGGACCUGGGACAUCGAAGGAGCCUGGGAUGCUGCUUCUUGCGCGGAUCAGAUCUCGACACCGCCCACUGGAGGAAGCUGAGGCCACGAGUGUCCAUGACUGACGGAUCUGUGGAGAAACAUCUGGACUCAGAUCUGAAUAUGCUAAAAACCUGGAUCAGACCCUGAUCCAGGUCCAGGAACCACAGGAAGUGUUUUCUCCUGUCUGGUGUUGGUCAGCUGAAACCGUUUCAGUCACUGAAUCCUGAGAUUUUUGUGUUUUAACGAAACGUUUCAGCCGAGUCACCUGACUGAAGCCGUCUGGAUUUUUCCAGAAGAAACUCGACAGAUUUCAAACGUUCGUCUGCAGCUUGUUGAACUUUGGCCAAUGGUUUGAUAAACUGGCUCCAGGUCAGUGUAAGAAUGAAGAAGCUGUGGUGUGCAGAGCCACGUUUGCUGUUAAUAGUGUAUCUAUAUGUGAAUACUGACGGUGCUGAUCCAGCUGAUCCGGCAGCUUCGGCCUGCAGGGUUUGAUUGUACAUAUUAAAUCUGCAGGAAGCGUCUGUGCGUUUCCAUGGUUACAACAGUGGAUCUUCAGAGAUCAGAACCAGUCCGGAUCCUUCUGUCAGCAGCUUCUGUCUUUUUUCUUCUUCCUGCGGCCACAGGAAGUCCUCAGGCCGCGCAGUAACUCUUCAUCAUCAGUUUCGUUAUGUUGCUGAAUGAUGAUACCGGCCCGCAGGUUUCUGUUGACUCUGAUCAGCCUGGGACCUGAACUCGUGUUUCAGUGGUUUCAUUCCCAAAUCCACCACAGACCUGAUCUGGUGUGUGGUGCUGACCAUCAGUAAACACAGUUUGGAGCAGGUGAUGAGGGAUCUGCUGGGGGUUCAGACGAGCUGCUUCUGCACAGUGUUGUACAGUGUUGUACAGUUUUGUACGGUCGCUCAUCGUUGUGCCUGAACGUGGUCGCUUUUUUUUUUUUUUACCGGAUCAGAUCUGAGAGCUUUGACUUCCCUCGCUGACAGGAAGUGUCCUGCUCUUUUAUAAUCACCUGACCUGUCGCCUGUGAGAUGUUUGUACAUAGAAUCUGUAAGAAAAAAAAAAAGGAACGGCAGAUUGGACGUUGUGUUUUCUAUCGUAUAUCGUCUAUACUUUGCACAGAGCUCGUUGGAUCGUUGGUGUGUUCGGUGACGAAUCGCUGAGUCAGAGAUGCUGUUUUCCUGUUUGAUUUCUCCACUCGCUGCUGGUUCUCGGAGUCUGUCCUGCCUCAGCCUCCUGUGGUUCACAGCCGGCACGUCUCAGUCUGCACAGCAUCUGGUUUAAGUUCAGUAAAACACGGUGAGACGUUACAGGAGCUUUAAACACUUUGAGAACUUUUUAAAUGAGCAGGAAGUGACGGACUGUGAGCAGGUGAGAAGCAGGACAGACUUUCCUCAGAGGAAACAACACUUCCAAACAGACGUAGCUUUAAGACGUUUUUCUGUGUGUGAUGUUGAACGGUUGAACAUUCGCGUCUCAGACUGUUGAAGUGCGAAUCGUUUUUACGAAGCCGGAUCGAAACUUGACGCGGACUCUUCAGCUCCGUAGUUUUCACUCUGAUGCUCGUACGAAUUUCUGCUUCAAACCGUUUUCAAGCCAAAAACUUUUCAAAAUGUAAGUUUGAUGAGAAGAAUGUGUCAGUAGCUGUAACGUUAGCUGAACGGUAUUUGUGUGCUCGUGUGUCGUCCUCCUCAUCUUCACCUUCCUCCUCUUGGUUUUCUGUUUCCUGCAGCGUCUCGGGCUGAGAUCGUUCUGAAUCUGAGGGUUUUUUCUUCUUCCUUUGGACCAGCAGUUAAAUUUUGCUGUGAGUCUGAAUCUGAUCACAUGAUCAUGUCGACAUAUAAACACAUGGUAACACCUGCAUCAGCCUCCAGCUCACGUGGCUUUUCUCUUGUUUGUGACGGAGGAUAAACGAAGGCGACGUCGAGCUUGUUGACGCAGUUUUUCCGUGAAGUUUGUUGUUGUGAAAAUGUUCAGACGUUCCAACCAGAAGUAUCGUGUUCUAACACGAAGUCAACAGGAAACUGAUCAAAUGUGUUUUCAUGUUCAGGUUGAAUCUCUCUGUCGGUCGAUGUAUUGAUUGGAUUCUUUCGUUGUUUCCUCCCAUGAUCCUCUGCUCCCUCGUGUUUUUCGAGUAACCAGUCAACGAUUCUUCAGUAUUAAAGCAAGAUUUCACUCUGGCAGAACGCAGUGAUUCUCAGCACCAAAGGUCAGAAGGUCCGGGCUGACCCUUCCUGUGACCUGUAGUUUCUCUGCAUCACAGUUUAAUUUUCACAGGAACAAACCAGAACUCAGACGUUCGGUUCGUAGAGAUUUCCUUCAGUUCACGGUAUUUUGGAUGAACCUUUCACGAACAUUUCUGAUUUUAUUUUUCCAAUUGGAAGGAAAUAAGUUUUCUUUCAUCAAGGCCACAAACUGGUUAAUGUGAGUUUAAAUGUGUUUUUGUGAACUAGAGCUGAAACGAUCGAUUAAUCAGUGGACAGACCAGAGCUCAGCAGCUGUUUUAAUCACUGAUUCGUCAGGUUCUGGUUUCUAACGUCGCAGGAACAAACAAAACGAGGCCUCUGAAGAUCGAUGUGACGAUCGAACAGAUUAUUAAUUACACCGAGAAUACCAGCAGGUUCGUCGAUAAUGAAAAUGAUCUUUAGCUUCAGCUCACGACCAGAACGAGAGUUUGUUGCUGUGAAUUCAUGAAUUGUUUUUACAUGAUUGUGAAAAUGUGAAGAAAAGUCUGAGCUUGUAUCCACGGCGACGGAUUUUCCUUCCACACAACAGUGAAAACUCUUCGUACUGAUGUGAUUCUCCAUCCAAGCAUCGAUCAGCAUAAGUUUCCUAAAGACUAUUUACCUCAGUUCAUUUAAAAGAAAAACUAAAGAACUUGCUUUUAAUUGAAAAAGCAGUUUUCUUGUAUUUUUCAGUUUUUAAUUUUUCUGAUGAACGUCGCACACUUUGAAUUCUGCAAAGUAUCAAACAGUCUCUGUCUUCCUGAGACACUGAGGCCACGCACCUGAAAAGCCAACGCGGCGUCGGCAGGAUUUUUUAUCGGUUAAAAAAAAGAAAAGUGCUGAACAAUCCCGACGAUCUGGCAGAGUGAGAUACGACUUUAAAAAGGGCUGCUAGAGCUUUAUCCACAACGAUAAAGGGAACUAAAAGCACAUCUAUGAAAACAUUCACACAAGUAUUUUCACAGUGUAAAUAGUUUUUUCUUUUGGACAAAUUCUCUACAUAAGACAAAUGAGAUGACGUAUUUUUAUGCAACUGAAAAAUAAAAGUCUAUAUUCAA